CUUUUCCCAUUGCAAACAACACUCACAGUGAGCUUCUUUGCACUCCAAAGCUCCAAACUCUGGCAGCACUGCCCCAAAGCAAAGGUGGAAGAAAUAAAGUGAAAGCAUUCGCGUGAUAAAUAAUAAACCAAAGAGAACUUUCAGUUGUUGGCCAACGUUCUGUGCGUGUUGGGGACACUUUAUUUCGCAUUGCGGACCAUAGCCAGCCGCGACGGUAUAUUUGUUAAACGAAGAAAGUGUACACAAACCAACGAGCGCGCCAGUGAGCCCGAUCCAGUGCCAGCGACCAACGACUAGUGAGCUCCCCGGUGUUUGGAUUUGUUGUGUUAGCUAGAGGCGGACAUACAGACGUGCAUAAUACCGCACGUGUGUUUGUGUGCGUGCACGCGAGUGUGUGUGUGUGUGGGCAAAGUGGCAUAUUAAGUAGGGAAAAAAUAAUAAAGUGGCAAAGUGUUUCAAUAAGUGGAGCACGAAGAUUGCCCAGAGAAGAUCUCUAUGCCAAAUUUAUACAAAAAAAAAAACCUAAAGAAAUUCCCUCUUCUGUGCGUGCAAAAAUAUAUAGAAAUAAUUAAUUAAAGAAAAAAUCUGUUAUUAAAAUUUGUUUGGUAUUUGCUUUUUCGGCUAAACGAAGUUGAAGUGGACGGCUGUGGGUUUUGUGCUGUUCCCUAAGUAGCUGUCUGUCGGCACGGUAAAGCGGUAAAAAAAAGUGGGCGUGCGUAUAGGCGGGCGUGUCGUUGCUGGUGUAGCUACAGGAUUCGGUGUGUGCAUGAAUAUGGCGCCGAGCGUAUGUGUAACAAGUUUCCGUAUGUUAAUGCGACGUACGGAGCUGAGCAGUCAUCUCUACCGUGGACUGCGGCUAACACCAACGGGGCCGUACUUGCUGGUAAGUCAGCGUAUGGAGUCUUUAAAAUCUGUCAUACAGCCAUCAAAUGCUCGUGACUCAAAUUCAUGGAGCACAAGGAGAUAUUGUAAACAAAGCGACGAUACGUCAAAGGCGGAACAACCACAACGCACAGGCAAAACUAAAACUGUAAAUGAAAAUUCAGUGCCAACCGCCAAAGAGAGCAACCUUUUAUCAAAAAGCAUGCAAACACAUAAUUUAAAAAAACCACAUCAAACGCUUACAGCAGAUGAAACUCUCUCAAAAGUGGGCGACGAGCUUGCGCAGCUCAAACUCUCACAGUUACGCGCACAGCUGCGUGCUCAUGGCUUGAGUCCAGUUGGCAAAAAGGAUGUGUUGGUGCAGCGCUUGCAGAGCUAUCUGCAGUUGAAAGAGGAAAACCUUCCAAAUGCAAUAUCAACAGUUGCGCCGGAUAAGCCGGUAAAUGAAAGUGAAACAAGUGACAGUGAAAUGUCAACGCAACCUAAAGCGUCUGCUUCGCACGACGACACGCUACAUUACCGCGAAACACAGUUAAAUGAGGCAGAAGCACAACAUAAGGAAUAUGAAACCGGAACUGGAAAUUCUAAUGAUAAACACACAGAUGCCGUUUCGCUUGCCAAAAGAGAUCUCCCAUCAAAUCAGGCUACAGCAAAGCACACAAGCGAAAAUAUUGUGCCUUAUGAAGACACCCCGAACUGUAACAACACAGAACAGCACACUGAAAGAACGGCAAACACUGCCGGUUGGGUUUCCACUUCAGAUGGGUGCGGAGAAACCCGCACACAAAGAGAUGGUAACGGCGCUGAUGUGAAACAUGAUGACUCCUCUGCUUCUUCUAAUCAUUCCGAUUUGAAACUACUAAACGAAGAGGCGGGAGAACAAGUUGAGGGCGAUGUUUAUGUCGAAUAUAUACAAGGACUUCCACACCUGACAGUGCCGCUGCCAAGCAGAUUGGAAAAAUGUCGAUUUGCUUUAAGGCCUGUGUCGCAGAAAGUAGGCGAUCUAAUCGAAAUGUUGAAAAUUGAAGAUCACGGUAUAGAUCGAGCGGUUGUGCUGAACAAAUGUGGUGUACGGAUAGCGUCCACAUGUGCCAUCGAUAGCCUUAUGGAUGAGCCAUUUUGGCUACAAAUAAAUGACAACAAAUAUGAAGUGAACCCUCCUAAAAGGAAAAAAAUGGACUCAGAAGACUUACAGAGGCUUAGUGAUGUUAGAACUUUAGUAGCACAAUUAUAUGAAGCUUUACACGUCGGCGAAUAUCAUUUGCACAAGGAGCAGGAGCUAGUGAAAAAGAUAGAAAAUUUAAAAUUUGAAAUAUCACCCUUAGAAAUGGAGAAGCAAGAACUGGCUAGACUUGCGGAACGUAAAACUGUUAUUGCAACCUGGGUUGGCCUCAGCUUGAUGGCGGUUCAAUUCGGCGUUUUGGCGCGUCUCACAUGGUGGGAAUACUCUUGGGAUAUCAUGGAACCCGUCACAUACUUUGUAACCUAUGGCACCACGAUGGCCAUAUAUGCCUACUACUGCCUGACAAAAUCGGAAUAUGCUUUCGAAACCGUUAGAGAUCGUCUAUACCUGAUUACCAUGCAUAAAAAGGCCAAAAGGAAGAAUUUCGACAUUGAGAAGUAUAAUCUAUUGAAACGUGAGUUAGCCGAAGCUGAAUACGAUCUACGCCGUCUACGCGAUCCCAUCAAUUUACAACUGCCGCCACAUAUUGAUCGUUCACAACGGAUAACGCCAAUUCAGCCACCGAACGGUAGCGGCGGUGCGAGUGUCGAAACACGAAACAUAACAGCCGUUACAAGCGAAAAGAAACCCGUUAGCUUCCGACUGCCCUUUUUAGAUCCGAAAAAUUAGAUUUUUUAUAUACGUGUAGUACAUAUGUACGCAUGUAUGUAUGUACAUAUGUAACUACUAGUACAUGAAUAGGUGAUUUAUGAUUUCAAACAAAUUGUUGUGUAUGUAGUAUGUAUGUAUGUAUUUAUGUGAGUUUCAUACGAAAAGUAAGCACAAACUGGCUUCAUGCAAAAACAAUAGAGCAAACUUACAAAAAAAAAAAACAAACAAACAACAACAA